CUGUUGUAAACUUUACACUAAAGUUAACCUCUUAAGAGCACAGAAAAGUCCCGCUUAGGCUACCACACUAUUCCUAUUGGCUAUGGUGCAGAACUCCCAUACCCAGCCACCACUCAGUUAAAGUAAAGGUUUAGGCAAGCGUUAAGGAAAAUAUCAAAUGUAAACAAACAACGAUCUGAAAGAGGUCCAUUUGCGAAUCUUUUUGUACAGACCUCUGUGUUGUGUCUUAUUAGAUAACUGAAUAGCAACUUCUUUUCCACAUAUUACAUGUUUGGUUGUAUAUUUUCUGUUAAAACAGAGGAACAUGUUGUGCCUGUGUUUUUGUACAGGUGUGCUCUGCAUUUAAAAUAUCAUAUAAGUUCAGAAACGAGCUGCCAUCACUGUGUCUCAUGACUACAUUUGUAUAUUGAAUAUUCAUUUUCGUGAACAAGCUGUUGAUGUGGGACGGCUUGAGAAUGAUGGAUGAAGGUUUAUGGUCAUGGACUUCGUAGACUGAAGUGGCCCAUCUCUCGUGCUGGCUCCUGUUAAUAUCCCAAACAUGUCUGUCCGGGAGUCAUUUAACCCCGAGAGCUAUGAACUGGACAAGAAUUUUCGACUAACGCGAUUCACAGAACUCAAAGGCACUGGCUGCAAAGUCCCACAGGAUGUGCUCCAGAAACUUCUAGAAUCCUUACAAGAAAACCAUUACCAGGAAGAUGAGCAAUUUCUUGGUGCAGUUAUGCCCAGACUGGGCAUCGGCAUGGAUACCUGCGUAAUUCCUCUCAGACAUGGUGGCCUUUCAUUAGUUCAGACAACAGAUUACAUCUACCCCAUUGUAGAUGACCCCUACAUGAUGGGGAGAAUUGCGUGUGCCAAUGUUUUAAGCGAUUUGUAUGCCAUGGGCGUGACGGAAUGUGACAACAUGCUGAUGCUUCUGGGCAUCAGCAACAAACUAUCAGACAAGGAGAGGGAUAAGGUGAUGCCACUGAUCAUCCAAGGCUUUAAGGAUGCAUCAGAAGAGGCGGGCACCUCAGUGACUGGCGGGCAGACGGUCCUCAACCCCUGGAUCGUCCUGGGCGGUGUGGCUACCACUGUGUGCCAGCCUAACGAGUUCAUUAUGCCAGAUAAUGCAGUGCCUGGAGAUGUGCUGGUUCUCACCAAGCCUUUGGGGACCCAGGUAGCGGUGGCUGUUCACCAGUGGCUGGAUAUUCCUGAGAAGUGGAAUAAGAUCAAGCUGGUGGUGACACAGGAGGACGUGGAGCUGGCCUACCAGGAAGCCAUGGUCAACAUGGCCCGACUCAACAGAACAGCGGCUGGACUUAUGCACACAUUUAAUGCCCACGCUGCCACUGACAUCACUGGCUUUGGCAUCCUUGGCCACGCGCAGACUCUGGCACGGCAGCAGCGGAGUGAGGUGUCCUUCGUCAUCCACAACCUACCUGUGCUCGCCAAGAUGGCUGCUGUCAGCAAAGCCUGCGGAAACAUGUUCGGCCUCAUGCACGGCACCUGCCCGGAGACCUCAGGAGGCCUCCUGAUCUGCCUCCCCCGUGAACAAGCAGCUCGCUUCUGUGCCGAGAUUAAGUCCCCAAAGUAUGGCGAGGGUCACCAGGCGUGGAUCAUUGGUAUUGUGGAGAAGGGCAACCGCACAGCGCGCAUCAUUGACAAGCCACGGAUCAUUGAGGUGGCACCACAGGUGGCCACUCAGAACGUCAACACUACGCCUGGCACAACGUCCUAAUCCUAGCCCCUUCCCAGCCCUACCCCAAGCCCACCCAAACCUCACUACCAGCCUCUGCACAGAAUUCCACAUGGCAUCACGUUCUAGAACCAUCCUAAAGGGUGUGUGUGUAUAUAUGGAGUUGUGCGCACACAAGAAAUGCAGAGAAAAACUUCUUGAUUUAUAUUCUAGGAAAGAAAACCUCAUCUGCCCAGAUAGCAGGGCCUUAGGGCAGACUCUACAUGGACAAAUCAAGAAAAAGU